AGGUCGAUUUGAAGAUGGCAGAGUCAUUGAUUUGUAACAGCACGCAAAGCAGGGUGAGUUCUGUGCUGAACAGAGAUGUAAAGCAGUUCGGAAAGAAGUUCAUGUUUGAUUCCAACGAGGAGACGUGCUGGAAUUCAGACCAGGGAGAGUCGCAGUGGGUUUUGUUGGAGUUUCCACAGCAUGUGAAAGUGUCUGAGCUCAGGCUACAGUUCCAAGGAGGGUUUUCGGGUAAAUCUUGCAAAUUAGAAGGUUCUUCCAAAGAAGAGAAUCUCAGACAUAUUUUAGACUUCUAUCCGGAGGACAACAACUCUCUACAAAGUUUUCCCAUUCCGGAUACCCCUUUGGUGCAGAAGCUGAAAAUAGGGUUUAAAAACAGUACUGACUUUUUUGGAAGAAUAAUUGUUUACACAUUGGAUAUCCUGGGGGAAAAGGAUUUGUAAUGUUUUGAGAAAAGGACAGAGGAAGUAUGAAGAGGCGGGAAUGCCAACCAGCGUUUUCCCCUUCAAGUGUUUACCUCUGGACUUGGAAAUUUUUCUAACCUUCUCAGAGGACAAUAAUCACAUCUUAUUUCCUUUUUUUCUUGUUAUGUGCCUUUUUAGGUCAACACGUGAUAACUGCACGUUUGUAAAAGUGUUUUUUAAUAAAAAAAAAAUAGAAAAA